UCCCUUUCUGCCCCCCUCCCUCCGGCUCCUCCUGAGCUCGCCCGGGCACCGAUUGUUGACAAAAGACGCUGGGAGAGACGGAGCGGAGGAGGCCAGACCCCGGUGCUGGUGCCCGGUAACUUGAUUUGUAUUACCCCCGCGUGAGGAGCGCGGGACCCGGAGGACGGUCGGGGGACUUUUCCGCUACUAGGAAUCCCACCGUGUGGCCGAGGUGAUUCGGAGUUCGCAGCAGGCCGGUGUGAAGCGGAGCCUCCCCCCACCUCACCGACCUCCUCCUCAUCACCUCCUCUCCGUUUUCCCUGGAAACCCCUCCGCAGCUGGAAUUUACCGACGGUGGCCAAGAUGGGUCACCCGCUGUGAGAGGGAGAGCCGGAGCAGCGUCGCUGGCGGCGGCCUUUUGAGGGUCUGUUCAUCCGGGAAUGUUGUGAGCUGAGACGGGCAGACAGUCUGGAUCUUACCGGGGACUCGUCGUUUCCCCGGAGCCUCCGCGGCACCAAGCCGCGACCCGAGCCCUCCAAAAUGGGGAAGUGCGACGGCAGAUGCACGCUGCUGGUGAUAUGUUCACUGCAGCUGGUGGCGGCCCUCCAGAGGCAGGUGUUCGACUUCCUGGGCUACCAGUGGGCUCCCAUUCUGGCCAACUUCCUGCACAUCAUGGCCGUCAUCCUGGGCAUGUUUGGCACUGUGCAGUUUCGCUUCAGAUACCUCAUUUUUUAUGCAGUAUGGCUGGUCCUCUGGGUGGGAUGGAACUCCUUCAUUAUCUGUUUCUACCUGGAGGUUGGAAAUCUGUCUCAGGACAGAGACUUUCUCAUGACCUUCAACACGUCCCUCCAUCGCUCGUGGUGGAUGGAGCACGGUCCUGGUUGCUUGGUAACGCCGGUCCAAGACUCCCGGAUCGCCCCCGACGACCACCAUGUCAUCACCGUGUCCGGGUGUCUCCUUGACUACCAGUACAUUGAGGUGUUGAGCUCAGCCAUUCAGAUCCUUCUGGCUCUCUUCGGCUUUGUGUACGCCUGCUACGUCAGUAAAGUCUUCCAGGAUGACGAGGACAGCUUUGAUUUCAUCGGUGGGUUCGACUCGUACGGCUACCAGCCGCCUCAGAAGUCCUCUCAUCUGCAGCUACAGCCUCUCUACACGGCUGGUUAGGUGCAGGCAGCGCCCCCUUGAGGCCAAACCGGAUGGUGUCACUGUGGAAGGAAGGAAGCAGAGGGUCGCCCGGAUCACACUCACUCUCUGUGUCACAGUUUACCUGGAGAGUGGACAUUUAACCCCACGCGUAGCGGGAGAGGUGUGUGUGCGUGUGUGUGUGUGCGUGUGUGUGUGCGUGUGUGUGUGUGUGUGUGUGUGUGUGUGUGUAAGAUGAAAAUACAGCCCUGAAAAGAAUGUACAGAGCUCAGGGACGAACCAGCAUGCCAGACGCGACGAGGACAGGAGCUGGGAGAUGUCGGUCAUAUCGCAGAAGAUACAGUCCACUGAACUGCCGGCUCUAAACACUCCAUCCGUGUGUGUGUGUGUGUGUGUGUGUGUGCGUGUGUGUGUGUGUGUGUGUUCUGACUACAAUUCCAAGCCUGUGCUUUGUGGUUGUACCCUGGACUCUAACCACUUUGUGCCCCUGUGAUUUUUUUAUUUUUAUUUUUUAGGAGGUGGGGGUCGGUCGGUGUGUUUGUGCCUGUGUGUUCUGGGGUGGGGGG